AUGGGAAGUUACUUUGCUAAAAAUCCAUCUGAAUACGUGAUGUCAAGUGAGUUUGAGACAGAAUCGGAAGAAGAAGAAGAUCUGGAAAUUAAGUUGACUAUUUUGAGAGAUGCUAUGAUCCAUCUCCGUGUCCAAUUUCUUCAUUUUCAAAGUGUCUAUAAACAAUCCGAGGCUGAUUUAAUUGAGAAUGAUGUGAAAGCUCUAAAAAUAAUUGUGAUGGUAGUGCAGAACAGAAUCGAAGAGUUGAAAUCCAUUGCAGUUGAGUAUACAGAACUGAAAAAUAUGGAAGUGGUGAGACAGAAAAUAGAAGAUUUCGAUUAUGUUGUGACGCAAGUUGUGAUGGAGAUAAGGGAGUUUGAGAGAGACAAUUUUUUGAUUGAAAAACUGGAGAAACUAAUUAAUAAACUGAAUCCUUUCGAUGUACCAAAUCUCCAAAAUCUUGACCAAAAAACUCCGAUUCAUCCGAAGGAAAUGAUCAAGUCUGUAAUGAAUAACGACUCCAAAAAGUAUCAAGAGCAGUUGAAAAAGGAGAAAGUUCAGAGUGAAGAAGAAAACGAGAUCCGCCACGACAACUCAAAAAUUUUGAGUGGCCAACGGAAAAUCUACAAAAUAUUCAGGAAACCUGUUGUACUUCUCGUGAACUAUCUGGAAGACAGUUGCACCUUGAAAGCUAUGCAAAUAUUAAAUGAGAAUCAAAUUGAUUACAGUAUUUUUGAUGUUUCGACGGAUGCGGAAGUUCGUUUGAUAGUGAAAUACCUAUCCGAUUGCGAAACAUUUCCUCAACUGUUUGUGAAAGGCAGUUUUGAAAAGCUAGCUGCCAUCGACAGUCUUAUCGAAACACUCCCAAAAUUGUAUGUAAAUUGA